ACCCAAAUCCAGGGGUCGAAACCAUCGAACCAGAAGGAGGUCCCAGGCAUUUAUAAAAGUCGUUACCUCACCCGAUCUUAAAUCUCUCAUCCAUUUCCUUUUCUUUCUUUUGCUGAUUGUUCUCUCCGUGUCCUCUCAAUUCUCAAAUAAUAAUCAUACUACCGACCCAGAAGCUACCGUAAUCCACAGGGGAGGAUCAAUAUUCUCUUCAUCUCAGAUUUUGAGAUGGCUUCGAAGCGGAUCUUGAAGGAACUCAAGGAUUUACAGAAAGAUCCUCCCACAUCAUGCAGCGCUGGUCCUGUUGCUGAAGACAUGUUCCAUUGGCAAGCAACGAUCAUGGGUCCUCCAGACAGUCCAUAUGCUGGUGGUGUGUUCCUAGUUACUAUUCAUUUCCCUCCGGAUUAUCCAUUUAAGCCUCCCAAGGUAGCAUUCAGAACAAAGGUAUUCCACCCAAAUAUAAAUAGCAAUGGAAGCAUUUGUCUGGAUAUCUUGAAGGAGCAAUGGAGCCCUGCAUUAACCAUAUCCAAGGUGUUGCUUUCAAUUUGUUCAUUGUUGACGGAUCCCAAUCCUGAUGAUCCUUUAGUGCCAGAGAUUGCUCAUAUGUACAAGACAGACAGAAACAAGUAUGAGACAACUGCAAGAACCUGGACCCAGAAGUAUGCCAUGGGCUAAAUGAUUUCUGGCGCGUGUGAGGAGAAGCCCUUUUUCUAUUCAUUUUAAUUUUUGUCUUUCUGUUGUGUAUCAAUGUUUGUCUUGUCUCCAAUCUAAAUGGGCUAAAGAGGUCUAUAACAACACCCUAGUUAAAAGAGAUAACAUUUAUGUUGCUUUCAAUUGGUGUAUGGAUAAUGUUAUCGUGGAACUGAGCAAAUUUGUCCAUUCAAUAUCAGCUUUACGUGUGCUGGAAUUGUUCAAA